AUGACCUCGGAUACCAUGAUCAAAGUAGGCCGUGGCGGGGCCGGCAACUACCACUCUGCCCCAGUCAAUAAGGACCCGGCCUCUCUCGCGCCCAGCAAGAGCCAGAUCGCCCGCGCCACGCAGCCUGCGUCGGCUCCGACCCUGACCGGCCGCGGCGGCGCAGGCAACGUCGUCUCGGAGCCCGACGCCGCCGCGCACGCAGAGGGCAAGCUGCAGGACCUGGAGGCCGGCGGCAGCGGCGCGCAGGUGACGGCCACGGACGCCGCCGCCUCGGUGGCUGCCGCCGUCGCCAGCAGCAGCCCCCAUCACGGCAUGCUCGCCGGCCGCGGCGGCGCCGGCAACUGGCGCGACACGGCGACCGAGGCGGCAAAGGCUAAAUCGGCGGAAGAGGCGCAGCACAAUGCCCGGGCGCAGAAGGAGGCGACGGCGCAGGUCGAUGGCGAGCUGCGCAGGCCGGAGCCGACGCAUACCAGGACACGGCACUGCGAGCGCCGCCACAACAGAUGA